CUUGUCGGGCACUUUCCGGUGCGUCUGUGCGUCGCUAUUUCCGGUCCGACCCUUUUCUACCUCCGCCCCGGUACCUUCUCAACUCUGCGGCCCACGUGCGGGUUUAAUUCGGGUUUUUUCUUAAAUAGUUUUGUGUAAAAGUUUGGACCAAAUGUCGGUGUCUUUCGAGCAGAUGAGGGCGAACGUGGGGAAACUCUUGCGAGGAAUCGACAGGUACAACCCAGAAAACCUUCCUACGUUGGAGCGCUACGUGGAGACGCAAGCUAAAGAGAACGCCUACGACCUGGAGGCCAACCUGGCGGUCCUGAAGCUGUACCAGUUCAACCCGGCCUACUUCCAGACUCAGGUGACCUCGCAGAUUCUGCUGAAGGCUCUGACCAACCUGCCGCACACCGACUUCACGCUCUGCAAGUGUAUGAUCGACCAAACACACCAGCAAGAGGAGCGUCCCAUCAGGCAGAUCCUCUACCUGGGGAACCUGCUGGAGACCUGCCACUUCCAGAGCUUCUGGACGAGUCUUGAGGAGAACCGAGAGCUCAUCGACGGCAUUACUGGUUUCGAGGAUUCUGUACGCAAGUUCAUCUGCCAUGUAGUGGGCAUCACCUACCAGACCAUCGAGCACCGGUUGCUGGCUGAGAUGCUGGGAGACCCGCUGGACACGCAGGUGAAGGUGUGGAUGAAUAAGUACGGCUGGAUGGAGAACGAGGAAGGGCAAAUCUUCAUCUUCAACCAGGAGGAGAGCGUCAAGCCCAAGAACAUCGUGGAGAAGAUCGACUUUGAGAGUGUAUCCAGCAUCAUGGCCACAUCUCAGUGAUGCAAACACACACACACACACACACUCACUCACUAAGCACGACAGUUUUAACCGGGUCAUUUGGAUUCAUAAUCACUUUUUUCUCAAUAAAAGUAAUUUAUCAUUU